AUGACCUACCCCAAUGAUUUGGCCAAACUCUUGCAGCUGGCAAAAGUUCCGAUUUUCGACUUCGACCUGGAUGGGAAGCUUCUUCGCUUCAACGAAGCUGCGGGUGAGAUCCUCGGCUUCUCGGACGAAUCCACAGGCCACGAAGUCAGCUCGCUUCUGCCCGAGGCCCACUUCCAAGAGGCCCUCCGAGCCGCCCAGGCACUGGAAGUGAAAGACUCCUGUGCCGUGCCUGGCCUCGUCGAAGUCCGACGAAAAGGCACUGAGGGCAACCGAGACAUGCUGGUUCUUCUGAAGCUGGUGUUGCGGCUGGAGGGCAGCGACAAGUCCGUCACUGCUAUUGGCCAGGACUUGUGCGAAGUGGGGCAGAAAGCUGUGGAGGAGAAGAAGAAGUCCUUGAAUGCCAUCGUGUCCCAGGAGGUGCGUACGCCCCUCCACGGCAUGGUCGGCCUGGCCACGGCCAUGGAGAAGACUGCGGCCUCGGCCGGGGCCAAGAAGCAGUUGGGCAUGAUCCGCUCCUGCGCUUCGCGGCUUCUGGACGUGGUCACCAACGCCUUGGAGCUCUCCGAAGGCAAAGGCCAAGCGCCUGGCGACCAGGACAAGGUGAACUUCGCCGCGGUCGCCGAGGAGGUGGUGACCAUGAGUAGCCUCGCUGUGGACAAGGCGAACAAGCCGCUACUGAAGCCAGGUGUGGACCUGGAGAUCAAGAACCUUCUGGUUGAAAAGGAGGAGAUCCCGCUGGUGCUGGGGAGCACGUCGCAGUGCACGCAGCUCCUGUACAACCUGGUGGUCAACGCCUGCAAGUUCACCUCCAAGGGGUCGGUGUCCAUCAGCUAUUCUCACCUGGCGGAAGCAGAUCAACUGGAGAUCCGGGUGGUGGACACGGGUGCUGGUAUCCCUCCGGAAGCGCUUGGGAAGAUCUUCCAGCCGCUUGAGCAGGACCGGAUCGCGACGUCCGCCAGCUCUCAGGGGCUGGGCCUGGGCUUGGCCGUUUGCAAGGCCGUCGCCGAGUCACACAAGGGGAGCAUCCGAGUCGAGUCCCAAGUGGGUAAGGGAUCGAGCUUCAUCGUCACCUUGCCCUGCACCAAGGACUUCGGUGACCGAGUGGAGCAGGUGCUGACACCCAGGCUGGCCGAGGCCGCGGGCAUCGAAGGCCCAGGGGAAGGCACAGCCGCGCCAACCGAAGGCGGCGGCGCACUGCCCCUGCUUCUUUCCAUCGGCGGGGACGACGCGGCACACGAGGCCCUGGGGCGAUCGGUGCCCCAGCGCUGCGAGCUGAUCCGCUGCCCCACGGAGAUCGCGGCCCUGGACUGGCUCAAGGACAAGGUGCCCUCACAAGGCGAAGACCCGAAGCCGACUUCCUCUGUCUCGCAGGCGACCGAUGCCGAAGUUCAGGCACUGCGGGAGGAGCUGGCGAGAUACCGCAAAAAGCAGCAGUAUGUGGUCGAGCGCCUGAAGAUGCAGAUCAAGCUCGAUUCCAAACUUCGGAAUGAGGAUGCGGAGGUCGGGGAUGCGAAGGGGAGCCUGACUUGA